UAGCUCUCUCAGCUGAUGGUGUCAUAGUACUUUAGUGCUAUUACCAUUAAAAGCAUUGUUAGUUUUGAUUUUAUUGAUGAUGAUUCCAUCUUUUUGGAAAGUGUUUAAAGGUUACCAUUGUGUUUAAGUUAAUGUUUUUUGAAGCUGUGUUUACAGAAUGUGUUUUGGGUUAGUCAAAGCCAUUUCGAAAAAGAGGGUAAUUUUUAUCUCUGUUUUGUGUGAUUUAUAUAUUUUUCAAAUACUGAAAAAUUGGAUUUGUUGUACAUAAAAAUAGGCCAGUGUUAGAGCCUUUGUUAUUUGUUUGGAAGAGAUAUUUUUUAUAUCCAUGUUGACUUGCUGCAGCAUCAUUUUCAAUUUGUAGUUCCUUAUUAAGCAUGGGGAGCUUACACUGGUAACAGUACUUUUGAAUAUUUUUUGUUUUACUUGAUUUUUUUCCUCAACAUAUUCUGACUGCCUGGCAUGUAUGGAACCCAUCUUUUAUGUAUGCAAAUUUUUGAGUCCCUUCCAUCACACUUCAGGUUAUUUUCAGAAUGCUGAUCCAAGCCAACAGGUUUUGUAAAGUUUUGAGCUUCCACAAGAGUAACAAGAAAAGCUCAUGGUGAAUUUUCACCACCUAUAAAUGUGCAUCCUGUUUAUUACCCUAGGGUGGCCAGGGAUGUGACUGCAUCCCUGCUGAUGCCUCCACCACCCCCUCCCCCUCUGGCCGAGUCCCUGCAGGGUGCUGGGGGGAACAACCGAGGGAGAGAGGAGAACCCAGACCACAGCCUCAAGAGACAAAGAUCAUGUAGCCCGCAAGAUGAGAGAAAGUCAGCCAGGAGGUCCAGCAGCGAUUCGGAUGAAUCUUCAGUUCGAGAAAGCAGCGGUCCAGGUAGACCAAAUGGUCCCGAUGCACCUCCAGAUGGCCCUGGAGGUCCUUUCUCUGGUCCUGGAAACUUCCAAGGUGGCCAGGGGGGCAACUUCCCAGGUGGAGGAGCAAAUUUUGCUGGGGGGCCUGGAGGAUUCCCAGGCGGCCCUGGCUCGUAUAUGGGGCCAAGUGGACCUUGGGGUUGGGGACCAAUGCCCGGACCCUACUCAGGAAUGCCCAUGGGUCCUAACCCCUUUAAUGGGCCACCAGGAAAUCCCAUGGGAAAUCCCCAGGCUCCCUACAAUAGGAACAUGCGUGAGAGGCCUGACGGAGAUGAGGGCAGCAGUGUGGGUGGAACCCGAAGAGGCGGGCGAGGUGGUGGUGGCAGAGGGGGGUUCAGCAUUGGUGGGCGCGGGGGCAGGGAAAGACGAUGGUAAAACAAUAAUGUACAGUCUUUCAUAUGCACUUGUACAGAGAGCCACUUUGUCCAUGGUUGCGCUGUGAAAACAUUAGGAGUGGAUGUAUUUAUUUGAUCAUGCUAGGUUGAAUAGAUGAGAUUUUAUGUUUGAGAUGCUAUCCUGA